CGUCGGGUCCCGAGUGCCGGCGGCACCGGCUCCCUGCCGAGGGAUCGAUCAGGGGCUCCCAGCGAGGGACGGAGCUCGUCUUCUGGAGGGAGCGAAGCCCAGGGAAGCCCCGACGGAAGAAGGACAAGCUCCUCUCGGCUUUGCUGGAGAGCCACGGCGCAGCCUUCCGGUCUCCACGUGUGGAGGUUUAUGUGUGAAUCAAAGCGGCAUGGAUCGCUACCGGUAUUUCAUCUUUAACCAGAGGAGCAUGGUCGUGCUUGGGCUGUUCCAGAUAGCCUUCAGCACGGUGUGCAUCGUCAGCGGGCUUGUAGAUGGGGUUUUCAGCACUGAGUCUCAGCUGAGCAUAAGCAGAGCUCCAGUUUGGGCUGGGAUGGUGAUGGGAGUCCCAGGCCUCCUGGCUUUGUUUUCUUCUCAGCGGAAGAACCCAGUUCUCGUGAAUGUACUGAUAGUUUCUUCCAUAACCUCUUGUGUUGCCAUCCUCAUCGUAAUAGUUUAUAGCUCACUCACACUGAACUAUGGGGAAGAGGAGGAGCUGAGUUCUGCCCCAGUCCAUAUUAUCCAUACUAAGGUCAUAUUGAAUAAAGUAGUCAAAGGUGCUAAUGUAGCCAUGCUAGCUGCUUCUGUCUGCAGUGCUUUUGUUGUGCUGGUAAUGGCUUAUUUGGGAUGCCGGAGUCUUCCACGCUGCUCGUGCUACGACAGCGUAACUGGGAUGGAAUGGUUGCAACCUAGUGAGGACCAAAGUCAGACUGUGGAGAUGAUUUGCGCUGCACAAAGCCCUGGGGGCAGAAUUUUUAACUUCCCAGAUCAGUUUCCAGCCCGGGACUUAGAUGCAGAGGAAGAUGCAUCCAAACCUCCACCAUAUAUCAGAAUGGCUUGAAAGAGUGGCUGAACAUUUUAAAGCUACCAGUCUAAGUGUGGCAAGAGAGAUGCAAGGAGUUCUUCAUUGUUAAAGAUGGUUAUGCACUUUUCCUUGGCCUUUUGAAAAACACACAGAGAAAGAGAACUAUUGAAUGGCAACGUUCAGCAAAGAUCCUAGUGCAAAUGGGAAGAUCUGCAGAUGGUUUUGGACAUUCAGACUCUGUAUAGUUAAAAUACCUCAUUGCCUCUGGAAAGCAUGUCUAUUCCUCCAGCUUUUGUACUUAAAUCAUGUCUUAUUCCACUAGAAUUCAUCGUGCAGUUUGUCUAGCAGUGCUAGCCUGAGGCAUUCAAAUAUUAAAUACAAGGAAUUUUUAAAAGAAA